AGUGACUUAGAUCGUCAAAUCGAGCAACUGAAACGAUGUGAGAUUAUAAUGGAAGCAGAGGUUAAAGCCCUCUGUGCGAAAGCCCGCGAGAUCCUUGUAGAAGAAAGCAACGUCCAACGGGUCGACUCUCCUGUCACGGUGUGUGGAGAUAUCCACGGUCAGUUUUAUGAUCUGAAAGAGCUGUUCAAAGUCGGCGGUGACGUACCUGAAACAAAUUACUUAUUUAUGGGAGACUUUGUAGACAGAGGUUUUUAUUCAGUCGAAACAUUCCUGUUAUUACUUGCAUUGAAAGUUCGUUAUCCCGAUCGAAUAACACUGAUAAGAGGGAAUCACGAGUCGAGACAAAUAACACAGGUAUAUGGAUUUUACGACGAGUGCUUAAGGAAAUAUGGAUCAAUCACUGUUUGGAGGUAUUGUACAGAAAUAUUUGACUAUCUAUCACUGUCGGCGAUUAUAGAUGGUCGAAUAUUCUGCGUUCACGGAGGGCUCAGCCCUUCCAUACAGACGUUAGACCAAAUACGAACCAUCGACCGGAAACAGGAAGUGCCCCAUGAUGGACCCAUGUGUGACUUGUUAUGGAGUGAUCCAGAAGACACGCAGGGCUGGGGCGUGUCCCCGCGCGGCGCGGGCUACCUGUUCGGCUCGGACGUGGUGGCGCAGUUCAACGUGUCCAACGACAUCGACAUGAUCUGCCGCGCGCACCAGCUCGUCAUGGAGGGCUACAAGUGGCACUUCAACGAGGCCGUGCUCACCGUCUGGUCCGCGCCCAACUACUGCUACCGGUGCGGUAACGUAGCCGCGAUAUUAGAACUAAACGAGAGUCUCCAGCGCGAGUUCACAAUAUUCGAGGCGGCGCCCCAGGAGUCCCGGGGCGUUCCCUCGAAGAAACCACAAGCCGACUACUUCUUAUAAUGUCACCUCCAAAGACAAUUCUGAUCGCUUAAUAUUACAGUUUUAUCGUAGUGACAAACAUUGGAAUGUGGAAAAAUCCAUUGCGAUAUUAAGACUGCCGUGUUGCAAUUUGAAUGUGUUUAUGACAGAAAAGUUCUAUGAACGAUUAUCUAAAUUGAAUUUGAUUUAAACUUGAGAAACUGUUUGGGCGUUUUGCAAAAGGUAAUUUUCGUAAGUUGCCAUAUACAAAUUUUAAUUUAUUGACCAAAAUUUUUGUGUCUGCUAAGCAUUGGAACCAAUUUGAUUUCUGUUAAACCAAAUGCUGUAUAACGUAAAAUACCUAAAAACGAUUUUGUUUGUCCAUAUUAAAAAAAAAUAUAUAUUUUAUUUAACAUACUGUCAUAGACGGAAUUGUUGACAAGUGUUUUGACUAUUUUUGAAAAUUACCUGAUUUUACGUUUGAACGUGAAAUUAAUUGCUGUUCAAUAAAAAAAAUGCUAUCAAAUAUUUAACUUUAAAAAUCUUGAACAAGCUUAGAGGAUAAUAAUAAAGUUCUCAAAAAAAAUGAACAGAGAAUAAAAUGAACGGGCCUAUUUAUUCGUGUUGCUGUGUGUACACAAUCUACAUUCAAUUGUAUCGUAAUUUCAUAAAUAAAUAAAUGUAAGUUAUAUGACAUUUUGUAUUAGUGUGAAACGUUUGUCGGUUCCUUGUCAAGUCUGAUAUACUCAUCGAGCACUGCCGUAAACUUAAUAUCUACGUACUGAAUGUUUCGUAAAUUCUCAUAAGAAUAAUGAUUUAAAAUCUUAUAUUUGCAGUGAUAAAAUCUUUGACCUAAAGGUUUUUGGGUUAUAUAUUAAAUAAACAUAUUCAGAGCCUGUUUCCCUGAUUACUGAUAAAGUUGUCUGACGUAUAACGUUAGCCAAGAGAUAAAAGUUUUUGACAUUUAUGUAUACCUGUGAAUAUUUUUUUUUUUUAUAUACAUUGAGGUGGAAUAGGCUCUGAUAGCCUGUUUUGUCUGAUAAAACUGUCAGAUACAGGCCGUUCCUUUUCAACAUUCAUGAACAUGAAUAGCAAGGUUGAUGAGGUUUAAGUAAAUAAGUCUAUUUAAAAAAAAAAAAAACAAUUACUGAUAAGGUUUGACUUUUGAGUAAGUGAAUGUGCUUAAAAAGUAAUUAGAUUUUAAUAUGAAACUAAUUUAGCGUCUGUGGGUUAAGUCCAUAUCUCAUUAAAUCUUUUCUACUGCUACUCUAAUUUUUUAAUACCAAAGCAUGGCACUAUCAUAUUAAUAAUGUGCUUCUUAUUUUUAACCUACUUCGAAAAAAUAGAAGGUUCUGCUUUUGUCGUUAUUUUUUUACCUAAUUUCAUGAUUGUCUAAGAAUAAGCUCUUCCUGAAUUAGAUAUGGAACGCUAAAAGAAUGUCUCAAUAGCAUUAGAAUGAUCUCAAAUGUCUAAUUGUUUACCAUCAUUGAUUUAAUGUAAUUAAACAUUUUAAGAUUUUUUUAUCAUAAUUUUUUUUUUACUACAUAAAAAUGGCAUAAACAAGUAAUUUUGCCAUUUUUUUUUUUCAAUGAUUGUCUUAUUAUUUUGGUCAGUAGAUAUUGAUAUAGAAAUUAUCUAUUUGUAUCAGUUCUUGUUUUGUAAUCAAUUAAAACAAGGUAUUAUUUAACAAAA